CAUGACUGACUGCAGGAUGUGUGACAACAACACGAUUGGUGGUCUUUACUUUAGGCUAGUUUCCUUGAUUGUUUCUGAGUGUUGGUUGAAGGCCUUAAAGUUGUCUAUCUAUUCCUGAGAAUACGAUUUAAGUUCUUUCUGUUGGUUGUCCUUUUGUUGGCUGUAAACUACAAUGCUGCCUUCCAUGAGUCCAGGUCGGGGUCGAGGUAUGACGGUAGAUGUUUCUUACGAUUCUGACAAAUCUCAGCGUCAUUCUGAGCUCAGUUCAACAUCCAGUGACGAGUCACCGGUGAACCCAACAGCAAGCUUUGCCUCCUAUGAUUCAAGCAAUGGUCUGAACAGUCCACACAUAGCAUAUGGAAUGGAACCUCCGAGCCCACCCACUGCACAACAGCAAUGGCAGCAGCAGCACAGUCUCCUGCCUCAGCAGCAGCAUUUACAGUCCCAGCAGCAGCAUUUACACUUUCAGCAGCACUUUCAACAGCAGCAAGCCUUCAUAAUGUUUCAACAACAGCAGCAGCAACAACAGCAGCAGCAGCAGCAACAACAGCAACAACAACAGCAGCAGCAGCAAAUUUGUGAAGACAUUGGUAACAAACAACAGCAGCACAAUCAGGUAACCCCUAACAACGUUUCACAUCCACAACAAAUUCGUAUUUUGAAGCGACCACCACAACAGUCACAACAGCAACAAAAACCACAACAGCUACAUCCGCCACAACAACCGAAUCAACAACAACAACAGCAACAACAGCAACAACAACCACAACAGCUACAGCAACCACAGCAGCGACAACAGCCACAUCAACAACACUACAGCAGCUACAUCAGCCAUUGCAACAACCACAACAACAGCAGCUAA